AGAACCGAUGAAAAUAUUACGGCCUGCGUCUCGCGCCAAUACAACGCUCAAAGUAAUUCAAGCAUUGGGCUUCCUCGUAAACUGUAACAGUGCAAUCAAUGUUCAUUGCAUUCUUUUUAGCGGAAUAAAACAGUUACCAGUUCGAUUUUAAUUUUCGUAGAACGAUGUUUUUAAUUAAGGCAAAAAAUAAUUGAGGAAAUCGAAAUACUAUCGAAUUCGCGGAACAAAUCAUAUGAAACAGAAACAUGCGCAUACAAAUAAAAUCAAUUUCCAAUAAAACAAAUGAAUAUUCCGUUGAAAUAGAAAGAUUCGGAAUUCCUAGGCAUUUAAAUUUCUCAGGAAAAAAUCACCUGUAUUUCACAAUCAAUUAAUAAUAACAUUUUAGAGAACGGCAGUUGUCACAUGAGAAUUUCACAUAUAUUACAAAUCAUUUGAUUAAUUAGUUUGCAUAGCGUAUGUUACAUGUACUAUCUGAUUGAUAUUUUAAUUAAUCAGAUCACGUCCUAUUUACAUAUCUUACGAAAGUGAAUGCGUGAACAGGUUGAUAUUGUUUUAAUAAAAAUAUUAUAUACAAUUACGUAUCGUGCUUGUAGUGUGUUAUAUGAUACAUAAAUUGUCAUGAACGUUUUUUAAAAUGCCGUCGUGUAAGUAAAGAGAAUUCAUAUAAUCGGGUUGGUGCGCAGAAGCCAGAUUCAUCGGGCUUUAUCAGGAACCGUUGCCAAUGCACCACGCAGAAAUAGUCGAGCCGGCAUCCCGAUGUAUACUACACUUAACUUCCUCAUCCGUUAUCAUAAACAAUCUUUUUAAAAUAAACAACACCAUCAGGUUUCCGACCUCGAUAAUCAUGUCAGUAAUAAUGGGCGCAAAAAUGCAAACGAAAAUGAAAAAAAACCGCGCGCUUCUGUUAUAAACUAUCAGUCAACUAUUAGUGUACGCUUUCUGUGACUAAGUAAAUCCUGUGUACAAUUGAAAACUACUUUUAAAUUGUGAUUACAGUGAUAAAAAUUAAUUAGAGAGUUUCAAGAGUUUAACGAUCCCGGCGAGUUGCAUCUUUAUUAUAAAACUCAUUUGAGGAAGAAUUGAAUAACGGGUUUGAUAUGCACCACGUGGAACGUAUAAAUCGAGCGAAAAUGUAUUUGGACAUGCGGGACGUCAGUUGAUGGAAGACGAAAGGAUAAAAAUAUUUUGAAACGGCCAUCGCGUCAUCGCGGAUGCAUCCCGGAUCGAUCAGCCCCUUGUUUAAAAUCAUCCGUCGCGAAAAUGAUCCACACGCAAAGAGACCUCGUGGAGCUCGACUUAACGGAGACCGUGUUACGCACCGUCCAAUUAUAUUACACCCCUAUACUGGUCUACUUCGGUUCUCUGGGGAACUGCGUGUCGGUGGUCGUAUUUUUCGGCACGAAACUUUGCCAGUACUCAUCGAGCGUGUACCUCGGCGCGUUGGCGAUAAGCGAUACCGGGUUUCUGGUAUCGGUAUUCGUAGUUUGGCUGAAUCUGGUGGGAGUCGGUCUGUUCAAUCAGCCGGGCUUCUGUCAAUUCUUCAUCUACCUGACGACUCUUUGCAGUUUCACGAGCGUUUGGCUCGUUGUCGCAUUCACCAUUGAAAGAUUCAUUGCUGUCGAGUAUCCCUUGUAUCGUCAAUCGAUAUGUACCGUGGCCAGGGCAAAAAUAACGGUCGCUAUACUGACUGUAAUGGGAGUUGUUUUGUGCAGCCCGGUGUUAUGGGUCUCAGCACCGCGGCUGCAAUAUAAUGGGAAAGGUAACGUGACCGAAUGCCACUUGGCGGAGGGAUUCGAGUCCUGGGCUACUAUUUACAACGUGAUUGACACGGUGCUAACGUUCGCGAUACCGUUUACGAUUAUCAUUACUCUGAACGUACUGAUCGCGCGAGCUAUCUAUAGACAUGUAAAAAUUAGACGAUCUCUGACGAACGAACCGCGCGCGAAAGACAGGCCGGGCUUCCGGUACAGUUUACAAACGAAGAUCACCAAGAUGCUGCUCGUCGUCUCUACUGUCUUUCUUUGUUUCAAUCUACCCGCUUACGUUCUAAGGAUUCACGCGUUUCUGCAUUUUCAGGAGAACCAGAUCGCGAGCCGGUCGUUGGAGAUGGCGCAACAAGUUUGCAAUUUGUUAUUCAAUACGAACUUUGGUAUAAAUUUCAUUUUAUAUUGCGCAACGGGGCAAAAUUUUCGAAACACCAUACGCUCGAUAUUCUUCAAGUCGCAUUGCAGAAAAAGAAUAAAUGCGGUAGACGCAUCGAAUCAAGGAAUGCAGAGUGGAACAAAACGGCAAGAGGAGACUACGCUUCCAGAGCCAUGGAAACAGCUUCAUCAGUUGGACGCUGAAGAUGAAGAUAUCUUUCGACAAAAGCCUAAAGAGGAAACGUUGUAAACUUACUGGUUUCCAGUUCAGUAGCUGGGAGCGGGCCGACGUUUCCGAAGAAUCGUUGGUCCAACA